AUGGAUCCUGAGAAACAUAUUGACAAGGCAAGUAUAAACCAAUUACCUGCUGAAAUUAAGAAAAAUCGCCUACAGUUAGAAGUUUCUGUCUUUGUUGUUAAGUGCAAAUAUGUGAGGGAUGUUACUAUGGGAAAUGCUCCUCAAAUUGUCUUGUACACUUCCCCUGACAUACAGAAGGAGAUUUUGCUUAUAUAUUCUAGAGUGCGAGAAGUCAUUCGCAAGGAGAUUGAGUAUUUCUCUAAGCAUAAUUUGAUCAUUCAAAAUGUUCGUGGUCAAGGAUAUGAUGGAGCAAGUAAUAUGAGAGCAGAAUGGAAUGGCCUUCAAGCUCUAUUUUUGAAUGAUUGUCCCUAUGCUUAUUAUAUUCAUUGUUUUGCUCACAUGCUCCAAUUGGCAUUAGUAGCAGCAUCGAGAGAUGUGGUAACUGUUCACCAUUUUUUCUCUAAAGUUACUUUUAUUGUCAACAUAGUAACUUCUUCUGCAAAGAGACAUGAUCAAUUACAAGCUGCUCAUGUAGUUGAACUAGAAAGACUGAUGGAACUUGAUGAGUUGGUAACUGGCAGAGGAUUGAAUCAAGUUGGAACUGUGAAGCGUGCAGGGGAUACUCGUUGGGGUUCACAUUUGAAUUCUCUCAGAAGUUUGGUGACAAUAUAUAGGGCUACUCGAUCAGUUCUGCAAAUCAUAAUAACGGAAGGGAAGGGAACUCAAAAAGGAGAGGCAGAUAAAGCAUAUGAUGAUAUAACUUCUUUUGAGUGUGUAGAUGACUUACAUAUUAUGGUGGAAUUAUUAGCAAUGACUAAUGAUCUUUGCCUAGCUCUACAACGAAAAUCACAAGACAUAUUGAAUGCUAUGAAUUUAGUUUCAAAAACUAAGAUCUUGAUCCAGAAUUUCAGAGAGGAUGGGUGCAUGGGAUCCUUUGCUAGAACAUGUUAA